GCUGCUGCUGCUGCGAAGGAGCGCGCGGCCCCUGCACUCGCGCCUGCCCGGGAGUGGAGCGUGCGUCUCCCUCCAGCCGGGCAGCGGCGACGGAGCGGGGAGCGACAGCGCGGCCAUGCACAGCUAGCCCCGGCCCGCUCGCCUCCGUUAACCCCCGCGGGGCAGCGUUCCCGCCCCUCCCCCCCCGGCCGGCUGCGCGGCUCAGACACACGCAGGGGCUCAGCGGCGUGCCACGGGGCGCCCCAAGGAUGGAAGGGGGCGCGUAUGGAGCGGGCAAAGCCGGGGGCGCCUUCGACCCCCAGACCUUCUUCCGGCAGCCUCACACCGUCCUGCGGGUGCUCUCCUGGGUGUUCUCUAUUGUUGUCUUCGGCUCCAUUGUGAAUGAAGGUUACCUGAACCGCCCCGAUGAGAUGGAGGAGCACUGUAUCUUCAACCGCAACCACAAUGCCUGCAACUAUGGCAUCACCGUGGGCGUCCUCGCUUUCCUCAGCUGCCUUCUCUAUCUGGCUCUGGACGUCUAUUUCCCACAGAUAAGCAGUGUCAAGGACCGCAAGAAGGCAGUGCUCUCGGACAUCGGCGUCUCUGCCUUUUGGGCAUUCCUCUGGUUUGUUGGCUUCUGCUUCCUGGCCAACCAGUGGCAAGUUUCAAAGCACGAGAACAACCCGCUGAAUGAGGGGGCAGAUGCAGCUCGAGCAGCCAUCACCUUCUCUUUCUUCUCCAUCUUCACCUGGGGCCUCCUGACAUUUCUGGCUUUCCGGAGACUCAGACACAUUAGCUUUCAGGAAGAAUACAAUACUCUCUUCCCUAGCUCCCCCGCACCGCUGCCCUAGUGCCAUUCCCCGGGGGGCACUUAGCGCCAUUCCCCCAGGGCCUUGUCAGAGAAGGGGUGUGCAUAGGGGAGGAGGUUGUUGAAGUGCAGAUGAUUCCAACUCCCAGGAUCGGGGUGGGAGGCAGGGGCUGAGAAUACAGAGGCACGUUGCCGUGUCAGUGCAGCUGACGUGGUGGGGAGAGAGAGAAGCGAAGUGCCUUGGAACUGGGAUGGGACGUUAAUUGUCCUUUGGGGAGUUGGAAGGAAGUGACCCACCUCUCCUCCUCCACUUCCCCGCACCUGACUAACGCUGAAUAACACCUAUAUCUCUUUCUAUUGGCAUCUGCUCAGUCUUAAUAUUUUAGCCGGGCAGGGCUCCCUGCACCACAAUCCCUUCUUCCCAUCUCCACUUCCUCUCACUCCUCUGCUCCUUUCACUCACUACGUUGGGAUGGUCCCUGGGUGGCUGGACCAUUCAAACAUGUCUGGGACACUGGGGGAAGGCAGCUCUCUGGUCCCUGACCCUCCCUGAGCCCCAGCCCCAAUGAUCUUGUCACACCAAAGAGCGUUCCAAAAGCAAUGUCAGAGACGGGGAGCAGGAACAAGGCUGGACCUAUUCUAGAAGGCCUCUGCUUCCCCCCCUUCCCCCGCAAGGUCUGUGAUUUUUUUUUUUUUGGCAGCAUAGCGGGUUGCUCAGUGGUUGACUAGCAGUGAAAGGGUUAAUGGGAACAGCCGCUACCUCAUGUCCAUCCCUUUCCUCUGGCAGGUCGGUCUGGAGCCCCAGUAGGGUCUGAGGUGAAAUGGGUCACAGAUCCAGCCCAAAGGAGCGAGACCUCUGAGGUGGACGUGAAGUAGAUCACCUGGCUGGGGAGGGGACGUUAUCCAUGUAUAUCCGUCUAUGCCUUCACAAUGUGAACCCUGUCGCUAGGCAGGAUGGACCCAGUGACUGCUGUGGGCGUGGGCAAAGCAAGUGCAAGUAGUGGUUGGCACACUUGCGCGCUCUCUCUCUUGUCCUGGGCUCGCGCUGUCCAUGGGGCACACUAACUCUUCUUGCACUUGGGUGUGUUUAACCAGUGAUUUCCAGUCAUGCCUUGUGCACUAAUCCUUAACCACUACUAACUUGGCUUUUGUUUGUCUCUCCUCCUCGGCAUGUUCCUUCCCUUUCUCCUGCCUUUCUCUCUCUGCUUCCCAUCUCCCCUCAUCCUCCCUUAAAGGUGGGCCAGGCGUUUCUGGCAUACCAGCGCUACCGGAUUGGUGCCGACUCAGCCCUCUUCUCCCAGGACUACACGGACCCAAGCCAGGACUCCAGCCUGCCUUACGCCCCUUACACGAACGAGGACGAUGCCACAGACACGGUGGGGACGUACCAGCAGCCCCCUCCUGUAGAUGCUUUUGACGCUGAGACACAGGGGUACCAAACCCAAACACAGAACUACUGAGCUACACCGGUGCCCCUUCCCAUGCCCCUCCCCUCCGCCCCCUUCCCUCUGCCGGCGGGAGGCUGUGGCACAAAACAGACAGGCGCAUCCCAGCGCAACAGGUGGCCCUUGGCCAUGCUCCAGCCUGGGGCCAUUUGUUUUUAUUUAUUGUUUUUUAAAAAGAAAAAAAAACCCUAACUGCUCCUCCCUCCCUCUGAAUUGUCCACCAGACCCAAACUGCGUAUUCCCAAGUCUAUCCCUGUCCCUGUCACAGCAAAAGCUCCCCUGGCAACCUGGGAGUGAGCAGCAGCUUUGGGCAAGAAUCCAGCUCAGCCUUUUGGUGGGCAGGGGAGGGUGACAAGGGCACCAGCACAGGUAGCAGAGGCCUAAGAGGGGGAGAUAACGGGGACUGCUCAAGCGGAUCUGGGGGGCAGGGGGAGAAGGUGGCACCUACAGUGUUGGAGCGGAUGCGUGUGUCUGUCUGUGUGGGUGGGAGGGAGAGUUGGAUAUGGGGGAGGAGUGUGUGAGGGAGGGAGAGGUCAGAGCAAGCAUGCAGGUGUGCAAGGGUGGGGGGAUGUGUAAGCAUCGGGGCAGGUCAUAACCCCUUUGCCUCAUGGGGUAUUGCCCCCUCAGCAAUACAAGGCUGUAUGGGAAGUUGUUGGUAGUUUAUCUUCAGGGGUGUAGGGAGGAGUGGUGUUGAGGGUGAGGGACGGGGGGUUGAGAGACAAAAUGCUUGGGGGUGGAGUUUUGCAGGCACCAUCAAAAGCUACAAAGAUGUUGAUAGAUUUUAAACCAAGAGAAUAAUCAGGACUGGACAGGAUGAGCUAUGCAAUGAGAAUCCCUCUUUCCCCAGGCAAUUGGAUUGGAGGUGUUUCCCCAUCCCCAUGUAAGCACCCUUCUGAGGUUAACACUGUGGUCCUCUAGGGAGAACCAGAACCAAGCUGCACGCUCAGGGUGGGGAAGAUGUCUUAAGAGAAACUCCUGAGAACUCCAUUCGGUCCCCUGCUCUUCCCGCUCAGGGAUCACAACUGGCUAAGCACGGGAUGAGGAGGAAGUCACUGGGCUGAUUUGGGGAAAAGCCAGCUUCACACCAGUUGAUGGGGAGCUUUGCCAGCCAAUUCUGGGAGCCCUGUGGCUUUUGCCCAGAAUAAAGGUGCAGGACAAAAGGGACAAGCGGAUGAAUUUAAUUUCUAUAGUCCUGUUGAAUCUACAUCUCUGAUGGAGUUAAAGAGAUUCCAGCCUCUCUGUGCUCCGAGACAGAUCAUCCCAGGCAUCUGUGCCACUCUCUCUGGAGCCCAGAGAAACGGGGCAGAACUCUCAAUGGAGGUUCUCGCCCUGCUGGAAAGAAAUACUGCUGCUUUUCUGCCAGCUGGCGUCUAGACAUUCUUAGAGUGGGUGUAACCAAUGAGUAGGGUCCCAGCAGCUGGGCUCUUGUGUGUGCCCCAGUUAUCCUGACUGAGACUGGAUCAGGGAACCUAAGAGGGUUCUUUAAACAGCAGCUCUGCUAAGUGAGCUGAAUGGGGAGCAUCUCCCCCUGCUCUUGCAAAACCUGGCCAUGCUGCACUCUCUUCCCACUGAAACUCGGUCUUUGUGUAUCUUACAGCUCUUCAGAGACGUCAGUGCUCCAUCCUCAGUCCCUAGCUCCUGGCAGCCUAAGGGCUUGUCUAUACCGGGAAAUCGACUAGAACAGUUAUUCCGGGAUAGCUCCCUGUGUGGACACUAUGCUCUGGAAUAAAAUGUUGUUGUUUUUUAUCCUAGAAUCCUUACUCAGCUUUGGAAGUACACUAAUUAUUCUGGACUACAAGUGACUUUUAUUCUAGAAUAGAGUGUCCACAGUGGGAGCUAUUGCACAAUAGCUAUUCUGGGCAAUUUCCUCAUGUAGACAAGCCCUAAGAAAAUGAGGCCAGGAACCAAAGCUAGGUAUCUCAUGUGGGUGUGUAGAAUAUUAACUCCUAGGCUACCAUGCUUGAGCUGGGCAGAGCUCGCAGCCCCUGCUGGCCCUAGGAUGGAGGGAUCAGGAGCAGAACCAGGGUAAUAUGAUAGUACAGAACACUAACCAUGGGGCCACUCUCCUGAGCACCUUGAGGAACUGAGAGAUCAAGGAUGGAACACAGGUGUGCUAGGUGGCAGUGUAGAGCACUUACUGUUAGGACUCCUAGUUCCUGCCAGGCUUCGGAAUUGAACUUGGGUUGCCAGGAGGGCAGGGCAAAACAUCUAGGUCAGUGGUUUUCAACCUGGUGUCCAUGGACUGCCAUUAAGAAAAUUUUUAGGGGUCCGCAAAUGAAAAAAGGUUGAAAACCACUGUUCUAGGUUACUACCUCCCUCCCUUGCCACACACCUCUCGCCAAAUGGAGGGUAGGAGAAAUAGGGAGACGCAGCCCCAAAAUGGGUGGAGGAACUGUCUAGUGAGGAUUCCCCUCCUUUGUACACAAUUAUACAGCUGUUUUUAUCUGCAGUGUCUAUCUUUAAAGGAAAAAGAAAAGGAGUACUUGUGGCACCUUAGAGACUGACCAAUUUAUUUGAGCAUAAGCUUUCGUGAGCUACAGCUCACUUCAUCGAAUGCAUGUAUGUAUCGGAUGCAUGCAUGUAGCUCAUGAAAGCUUAUGCUCAAAUAAAUUUGUUAGUCUCUGAGGUGCCACAAGUACUCCUUUUCUUUUUGCGAGUACAGACUAACACGGCUGCUACUCUGAAACCUAUCUUUAAAGGGCUGUUUCUCAGAGCUGCCUAUGGAACUUCCACAUUUGGGCACUAAAAAGAGGAGGAGCUGUUACCGGAGGGAGCUGAGACUCCAGCUGUUGCGUGAUCUAUGUGCCUGUGUGUGUGUGUGUGUGUAUGUAUAUUGUUUACAGGCCUCCCCAUUGGCACCUCUCCCAGUGUUUUGCUGUACAUGGCACAUGGCUAGCAGCUAGUGGAGGUGAGGGGAAGGAAAUGAUAGGCCCUGUCACAGCUGAAGCACAAAGAGGAGCUGGGCAAGUCUCUCACUCCAUGGUCCCGAGCAAAAGCAAUACUGUAAAUAGGAGGUUUGGUGGGGAAGGGUUCCCAUCUACCAAGCUUCUCUUCUGUUGGGGUAGCCUAAUAUUUAGGUUUGGGAAGAGGGGGGACUUUAUCGAGAGGUGUUCUUCGUAAUCCGUGUCAGAGAGAGCUUUCUCCAAGUGGUCUCUCCCCCUGGAGUGAAGAGAGAAUGACGGAGUGGGGGAGGCUUGUGUGGGGAGGUAGAGGAAUUACAAACAACUGGUGUCUCAGGGUAAAACCCCAGCAUAUCUUUUGGAAUGAAUCUCUGAGACCCAGCAGCCAUCCCCCACUUUAUCAGAGAGGGUUCUGCCCGUGGGGAGGGGAUGUUUUUAUUUUGGUUUGUACCAUGGGGCUAUUUUAAUGUCCCCUCUCCCAUCACAGCCAGGAGGGUCCCUAAAGUCAUCUAGAGCUGGUCACAGAGUAGCAGCCGUGUUAGUCUGUAUCUGCAAAAAGAAAAGGAGGACUUGUGGCACCUUAGAGACUAACAAAUUUAUUUGAGCAUAAGCUUUCGUGAGCUACAGCUGCAUUCCGAUGAAGUGAGCUGUAGCUCAUGAAAGCUUAUGCUCAAAUAAAUUUGUUAGUCUCUAAGGUACCACAAGUCCUCCUUUUCUUAGAGCUGGUCAGUAAAGAGACCUUUCCCCCUUACACCCUGCUCCCCUCACAACACCAAGGGACCCCCUAGCUGCUCUGCGAUGGAAGGCUCAUUACCUCCCCUGUCAGGGCAGGCAUCUCCCAGGCAGAUGAAGAACCAGUCUGCUCCUGUCUCAGGUUAUUCCCCAUCUCUCUGUCCCUCUGCUCCUGUUCUCUGUCCAUCGGUAGAUGUCUGCAUGGCAAGCAGGAGCUUGCAGUGGUUCCUAGAGGGUUUGCCCACUCUGGUGGCUCUGUUCCUGGCUUUGCUUUUGCCUGGCGGGAGCAGCGAACUCUUUUUAAUGUAACAUCCUCAGCCCUGAUGAAUAAGGGACUGGGGCAGACAGAGAGAGGAGGACAAGGGUCUCUGAGUAGUAGAACGAUUAGGGUGCAUUUCCCUCUGUGGUGGUGGUGGCUUUUUAACAGGGUUGCAGGCUCCCUACUGGAAGGGAGGGAACGAUUCUGGCCCCCCGUCUAUAUGCACACACAGCAUUUGGGGACCCUGAGUUAGAGGCUAUUUCACAACAGGAGGUGCCAGAGGAGGUUAUAGCUCCAAUGUUCUGACAAGUCCUGGGCACAAGGUUGCUCCCCUCCCAUGCACACAUUCUAUUCACCAACUCAAUUCAGUUCUCUUCCCCUCCCCUCGUUCCUGACAGCUCCCUAGGAAUAAGUCUCUGCACCUAACACUGCCAGCACCCUGUACCCUUAUAAGCAUGUGGGAGACCCUGGGAAUGCAGGACAGAUGGGUGGGUCCUUUUAGGAAUCAUAACUCCAGCUUCUGGAGAGACUAGGAGACAAUGAGGCCCAGAGGUUAGCUCAGUCGCCCUGUGUGGCAUGUAUGAACCAUUUCUCCAGACGAUCUCACUGCCUCUGUGGCAUUGACAACUCCAGUUGGGUUUCCCUGCCCCUUCUCCUGCAGCGUUACUGCCUGUGUAUAGUAUAUAUAUAUUAUAUAUAAAUAAAAAGAUGUAUAAUAUAAAGCAAUACAUAUAUAUGAUGACUAAAGAAUGGCCUGCUGCACACAGGUUCCUUGGGUGUCUGUCCAAUCCUGAGUGUCCCCCCACUCCCUCCCCCACCUAGUAUGUUUUCCAAAACCAACUCCAAUAAACCCUGCCAUCUUGGCACCUGUAUUUACUACGUCCUGUAUAUUUGUGGUUAACAAAGUGAAGGUGGUAACUACUGGUGUCUCUUAUCAAUAAAGUUAUUAUGUUCAAAAUAACAAACUAUAA